AUGGCGACGUCCGCCGCGUUGCUGGUGCUGGCGGCGUGCUUGCUCGCAGGCUCGGGCGCGAGGCAGUGCUACCAGUCCUCCUGUCUGCCGGACAACCUGCUGGACUGCUACAGCGACCAGCGCGCCAGCCUGAGGACGUGCAGCUACGAGGACUUCCUGCUGGCGGCGCAGCAGCUGUCGCCGGCGAUCCUGCCCGAGAGCGAGAACAGGACUUCCAUGGUGUGCGUCAGCUUCCAGGCCACAGGCGAGCUGGACCGCCGCACGCACAGCGUGGUCAUCAGGAUGUGCUACCCGGACGUGCCGCGGCCCUGCCGCUCGCUGGAGCAGCACACGCGCCAGCACAUGACCGACUACGGCAUCUCCAACUCGUCGCUGGCCUUCAGCUGCGCGUCCUGCGACCGGGACGGCUGCAACCCGGCGGGCAGGCCGGCGGCGACGGCGGCGACGGUGGCGCUCCUGGCGGCCGCUGCGGCCCUCGCCCGCGCGUGGUAG